AUGGCAGAGAUUUUCCAAGAGGAUCUUGAGAGACAGACACGAGAGUCUCUUCACUCCUUCCUACCAAUGGAUGAUCCGUAUGAAACCUCCUUUGGCGAUGCAGAAAGACACGACCAUCAUUUAGUAAUACGACAGCAUCCGUCACGAAUACCUGACACAGAAAUGGAUGUGAUCAUGUCGCCACGAAUUUCGAGGUCAAGGUCCAGGCUACAUCAGAGCUAUUCCAAACGACAAAACUUGAUCAAAAGGGGUAGAGCACUGAUUCAUCGUGGAAGGGGAUCGAAACAAGAAGAAGAGUCAACAGAUAUGAUAUCAUCUGUCAUGUCCAACAGCUUUAGCAUUGAUGAUGGUUCCUACAAAGACGAUCUUAGAAGGUCCAUCCUCGAAGAGGAAGCAUCAAGGGAAAACUCGAAACCUCACAAUUGUAGAGAGGGAAAAUAUCGAAAGCUGAAGCGUGAGCUUGAACAAGAUGAAAAAGCUUCAGGCGGAACGUCGUCGUUGUCCACCAACAAUGGAGGAGACAGUGGUGACAGGAGCAGGACCGGUUUGGGACAUCCACCAUUGCAUGAAAAGACAGAGAGAGGAGUGAUACAGACAGCUAGUGUUUCGGCGUCGCAUACUAUAUCUCCGAUAGUCACAGUUCACGACGCAUCUCACUCCAACAUGAAUGCUGAUAAACUUUCGUCUAGUAGGACGAGGAUACAAGCCCCUGCCGCAUCCAUCAAGAGAAAUGAAACGAAAAUUAAUGUUGGCGAACAACAAUCGGUGUCGUCGGAUGAUGCUAGACAGCGGACGGAAGAACGGGUACUGUACUUGAAACAGUGGCUUAAGGACCGAGAUGCCCAAAAUGAUGUGGCGACCGAACCAGAAGUGGUCCCUUCUGCAGAAAGCAGCAAAAAGAAAGAAACUUCGGUGAAUACACCGCCACUUAGUGUCACAAAGCCGACAGCAAAAGUCUCACCGAAACAAAACAAGCAAAUAUCAUCGGUGGAUAGGACACCACCGCCACGCACUGUCACAAACCCGACAGCAAAAGUCUCAAUGAAACAAAACCAGCAAAUAUCAUCGGUCGUUAGGACACCAGAAGCGGCUGGCAACAUCGGUAUUUCUUCUGGUUUCCCCUUUCCUCAUGACGCUGACAUUACACUUGAGUCAGCAUCAUGCAACGUCUCAGAGUUGACAACAACGAUUUCGUCAAAGGAACAGAGAGAAUCAUCUGGACUAUCUAGCAAAGCAUCGACGCCCGUUCCACCAAAUAGAAAGAAACAACCCAUGACUAAUACGGAGCCAACGAAGCCCAAUUCGCUCGAGUUAACCAAGUCAUUGGAUGAUAUGAAUCAGAUGCUUCCGCCAGGGCCCAGAGGAUCCAACCUCCCUAUAGAGCAGCAAAGGGGAUCUAAGGCAUCUCCCAAAACGAUCUCGACGGUUUCAUCGGAAGAGAGAAACUAUCUUUCUUCGUCGCGAAGAAAAUCCGAGCCCCUUCAAUCGCUCCUUGAUUCUGACUCUCAAGAGGAUUUCAGUAUUGAUCGCCUCCAAGCACUUGACGUGUUCGAGUAUGUCGAAGAGAAGAUGAGCUACCCACUAGAUGAGCCGCCAACAUCAAAGGGAUCAAUGCCUGUGGCGAGAACGUAUUCAAAGAUGUCAACUCUACUUUCGCAUACAUCGAGUGCAAAUUCUGAUGGUAUACGUACCAUUGCACAGGAAAGUAGGGACGAACCACCGAUUGACGCAAGGAGCAUUGCAUGUCCAGAUAAUGAGUCGAAUGAAUCUCCUGCAGAACCUUCUUGUAAAGUGAUGCGAGCUGAUGACCACCAGUCUUCUAUACAUUCAGCAAGGCCCUAUGCUAAAAGUGAGAAAGGCAAAAUUGAUGGAGACAUGCCAAUGGACACCAAUACUAGGGUUUCGGGCCAUGAGCCUCGUAUACAACCCAUUACUCCAAUUUCCAAGACUGAGAACGAAGUGGUUGUCGAGAUAAAGCCUCCAGAAAGUGAUCAAGUGAUACUUCAUGUGUCUUCAAGCUUGACUGACUCGAUACAGGGCAGAAAGUUUUCUCCGUCUCGCGCAACCUCAAAGAUGUUGAGCAUCCCUCAUGGAAACAAAUCGACACCGUCUCUUCGGAAAUCCAAAAGAGCAUUUAUCACACCUGAUGGUGAUGCUUCUGUCGAUAUGUCUGUCAGCUACAAGGACGAGGCAAGCUUUGAUUAUUCCAAAGAAAGUGUAAAGAAAACUGAUGAACGCAUUUGGAGAAUGGAUCCAAUCGAUAGUCUCGCCGACUUCAUCCUUCAAAUUCGAGAUAAAGGGAAUGGAAAGAGCAGCACAUAUCAUGUUCACAAACACAGGCUUGCAUGUGGACGACGAAAGUCAGCACAUUUGGACUCUUUGUUCAAGCAACACAGCACCAGUUCGGCUCAUUUCUUGUUUUGCAGCAAGUCGUGUGAUGUCUUUCCAUCUGUGCUCGAUUUCAUGUAUUGUGAUGAUUCCGAACUGGGGUUCACUACAACAAGUGUGGUCGUCUAUAGAUGGAUUGGCUAUGAGCUAAAGAUCAAGGCAUUAGUCGCUGCUACGACGAGAUUCAUUCACGAAGAUAUGCAGGUAUCAAACAUGACGUCUUAUGUCUCAGACAUGGAAAACUACGGGAAUCUAGGCAUGAGGAAGAUAAUGGCGGAGAAAUGUGCAUCCAAAAUUGAACACAUUAGCGAGCUAGACUCCCUUUGGAUCCUAAUGGACCCCGACCUCUUUCGCGAUACCGUUUCAUGCACGCUGAUAGAUCGGACAAAGACGAGUCAACAUCUGAGCAUCCUCAUAGCUGAGUACACGGCGCUACACAAACACGAAAUGAGCAAGGCUAUGUUUGGAAAUCUCACUUCUUCGACUAUUCUCCCCAAGAUUGCUCGUGAAGCCGCCCUUCCUCUUCUCGAAAUUUGCUUUUCGUACGGGUCUCCUGUAGAAUUUGAAGGACUUCAGAAGAGAUGCGCUCUUACAAUGGCCACAUACUGGAAGAUUACGAACGAGAACGAUCGACAGCGCUUGUUUGCUUUGUUGCGAAAUUUGCCAUCCUCAUUCUCGGUCGACUUCUUGGAAAAAGUUAAUACAGGCAGAACGACGUUGUUGUUGGGGCAAGAGCAUCAAAACCUUGAAGGAGAUCGGGAAGGGGUGAAUGAAAAUGAAAUCGAAAAAGACGACACUUUCAGCAUGGGUCAAGAUGAGACAGAAGUUAUUGGCUGGCAGUUAGAUCCUGACUUGAGUUACAGUGACUGGGUGAUUCGAGUAAAGUCGGGAGCCAAGUCCUCUUCUGACGCCUACUAUGUGCACAAGCACGUUUUGGCCGUUGGAGACCACAAGAGUACAUUUUUCGCAAGCGUCUUUUCAUCAAACCGCAACCAAUCUAUCACCAGGGGUAGCACAGCUGUUUCUCUUGACCAAGAUGCUGCACAAGUGUUUCCCCGCAUGUUGAAUUUCAUCUAUUCCAAGGGCAAGAUGCUUGAAAUUUGUACACAGACCAUUGUGCCACUUCGUUUUCUCGCAAGAACAUUCCAGAUCUAUUCACUCAACCAGAAAAUAAUUGAAUUUGUCGAAAGAGACCUCUGUGUGGACAAUGUGCCUCAGUAUCUGGAAAAUGCAGAUUCUUUCAAUGAUAAAGGCAUCACGGCAAUGGUGAUUGACUUUGUUGCUGCCAACAUCGAAGAUAUCGACAUUGAUUCGGAAUUGCUCAAUGUUUUGGAGCCAAGCAUCUUCCGCCGUAUCAUUUCCUCCGAAGCAAUCGAUAACGCUGCUUCCGAAUCCUACCAUGUGCCAAUACUGAUUGCCAAAUACUUUUUCAUUCACGAGCUCGAUGAGUCGUUGUUGGAAGAAAUAAUAUGCACUUACGACAUGGACCAGCUUGAUUGUUUGAAUGCGCUCAAGUUGUUACAGAUCAUCUGUAGAUUGGAAAAGAAGGAAUCUUACUUUUUCAUGACUCUACGAGACAAGUGUACUGAAGUUCUGACAGAAAGCUGGGAUGAUUUCCGGGCUUCCUUCCGAGACGAAGUCUUUGCCAUUAUGCUUACUCUCGACACGGAGACGGUUGCCGAGAUUUUCGACAAGGUCGAAAAUCGGUGCUAUCAAAAUGUUGAAAUGGCCGAGCAACGCCUGCUCCCAGUCGAGGCAGUCACUGCCACUCUGGAAAUACCAAGUGAAGUGUUAGACUUCGAACUAAGCCAAGAAAGAAAAGGCGGGAGUGUCAUCAUGCCUCCAUCAAGCAAAGCAGCACAAUUUAUAAAUCAAGGACAACCGAUAGAAGCGGAAAACAGGCAACCCGAGCCAGCAGAUGGACGACUCAUUGCACCAGUGGAAUCCAUGGCAUCCGCGCCUUCGGAAGAAAUGCGUGUCAGUGCGAUGGCAUCUGCACCAUCAGGGCAUUCGGAAGAUAUCCGCGUCAAUACAAUGGCAUCGUCGCCGUCCAAAGAACUGGGGACAAGCACAAUGGCUUCUGCGCCACCAAAGGAGAUCGUGGUACAGCAGCACACUAUGGAGCACACUACGGCUCCGGAAUCAUGCCAGAUAUUCUCUUGUGGCUUUAUAGCAGCUGAAUAG